CAGCCCCCGGGCAUCCUGCGGCAGUCUCUGUGGCGCUCGGCUGAGGGAGCGCACGGAAGAUCCCUCCCCCUCGCCAUGGCCGCAGCUCCUGCCUCCUUUGCCCCGGAUACUGCGGCUCAGCUCUGAGCCCGAUCCCCGCGGGCACCCCCGAGCACCCGGAGAAUUCCACCCGAGCUGGAAAGCUGCUGAAAGAAGAACGGAGGAGACCCUCCCCCGGACCUGAACUUGACCGGGGGCAGAGGGAUCACAGGACGUGCAAAAGUUUGCCAUGAUAUGGUAAAGCUGAAGACAAGAGCCAAACUGAUUUUUGCAAUUGCUUUUUCUUGAGAAAAGCACAUUAUCUGCCUUAUUCCAGUAUGGCUAAGAGUGCAGAAGUUAAGUUGGCAGUAUUUGGCCGAGCAGGUGUGGGGAAAUCAGCUCUGGUAGUAAGAUUUCUGACCAAACGGUUCAUCUGGGAAUAUGACCCAACCCUGGAAUCAACUUAUCGGCAUCAAGCAACAAUUGAUGAUGAAGUUCUUUCCAUGGACAUAUUAGACACAGCUGGUCAGGAGGAUGCUAUUCAGAGGGAAGGACAUGUGAGAUGGGGAGAAGGUUUUGUGCUGGUCUAUGACAUUACCGACCGAGGAAGCUUUGAGGAUGUGCUCCCACUUAAGAACUUGCUGGAUGAGAUCAAAAAGCCGAAGAACGUGACUCUGAUCUUAGUGGGAAACAAAGCUGACCUGGACCAUUCCAGACAAGUUAGUACAGAAGAAGGAGAGAAGCUGGCUACUGACCUGGCCUGUGCGUUUUAUGAAUGUUCAGCUUGCACUGGAGAAGGGAAUAUCACGGAGGUUUUCUAUGAGCUGUGUCGUGAGGUCCGGCGUCGGAAGAUGGUCCAGGGCAAGACAAGGAGGCGAAGCUCUACUACACAUGUCAAGCAGGCAAUCAACAAGAUGCUCACCAAAAUCAGCAGUUAAAGGCUAGGUUUCCUGGAGAAUCUGUGUUAUAGCAGGGUUGGCAAUUUGAAAAUGCAAACCAAAUAGUUGUUUUUUUCUCUCUUUCUUGCUCUCUCUCCUCCAUGCCUAUUUUUUCCCUUCUGAAAAAAAAAGAAAAAAGAAAAAUAUACUAUCAAUUUUUUUUUUGGCAAAGAGGGGAUUCUAUCCCCUAGGCUUAUAUACUUCGAUUAUUACAGUGUGUUUAUGCUUUUAAGGUUAUCAGCUUUUCUAUCUGCAUAUAGUGCACUCAAAAGGCAUCAUCUUAUUUUAGGAUAUGAGCAGUACAAAUAAGAGUGGAUAUCUUUCAGAAAUUUACUUCAAAUUAGGACAGUUCUAGGACUGGCAUACAUUCAAAAUUAUCUCUUCCCUUUUCACAGUAGAAUUUGAUUUCCAUUGCUGAAGUGGGUUCUAUCAUUACCUGAUUGACUCAGAUCUUUUUUCAUGAACAUAUUAUAUAAACAACUGUGUAAUGAUCAAAAUGAAUAAAACAAGAUCCCUCAUGCCAGAUCAGGGAAUAUUUCUCAGCUCUUUUUUCCUGUAUCCUAAAUAGAGAUAAAAAUAUACCAUAACUGAAAAUCUUUCAAACCGUUCUUCAUUAAUGUACUACCCUUUGUCCCUACCUCAUUAAAUUGAAAGUUUAAAGUAACUGAUGUUAGAUGUUAGAACUAUUCUUCAUAUGCUAGAUUUGUCUACUUUUUUGAAAAUAUGCAGCCAAUUGACAUUCAGAAUAGAUUUGCUUCACAGGAAAAACACAAAUUACCCUGAGUAUGAAGCUAGAGGACUCUUUCUUUUGAAGAUUACUAUGCAAAUAAAUUAAUUUUUUAAAUACAUCAUGGGGUAUAGGAGAUGUGGGGUUACAUAGCCUGGCAAAUUUGGAAAAAUAGUAAUAGGAAGUAUAGCUAAUAAAAUUAAAAGUAUUUUGGAAUCCAGAUAAACUAAAUUGACUAUCUAAAAUUCUAAAUGACUCCCAGUUAAACUGAAUCUGAUACAUCUCUCAUUCUAAAUAUCUUUAUUUUAGACAUGGUAGGUCAAAAAUCUUGUGUUCAUUUAUUUCCAACUAUGUCAUUUGCAAGAAUUAUAAAGAAUACAGAACUUGUACAUUUUUACAAGUAAUAUGCCAAUUAAGACAUACUCUGACAUGCACAUUAUCAUUUUAGCUGUGGGUUCUCAAAGCUAUUGCCUAUAGAAUAUAUGCUAUCAGAUUCUUCCAAGCUAGAGAGAUUUCUUAUUACUAGAUGAAUGAUAGAUUUUUCCCAAAAGGUUACUAAUUUCAAGGUUACUCAGAAAAAUCCAUCCUCAAAAAGAUAAUAAUGAAUUUUUUGUUAUGGCAUAUCAUGAAAUCAUAUUUUAAGAUUUGGAGGGGUUAAAAAGACAUUGAAGUAUACCUGAGAACAUAUAAAAAUGAAUUUUCACAUAGGUAAGGUAGUAAUUAUCAGUGUCUACAUGAGGAUUAAUGGUUUGGAAGGCAAUUCCAGAAUAACCAGGAGAGAGAGAGAAAGGGGUGGAUGAAGAGAGAAAAAAAAGAUAGAGAGAGACAGAGAUAAAGAGGGGGAAAGAGGAGGAGAGAGAACGAGAGAAAGCACUAAAGAUCUCAUUCAUAUAACUGUUUCAAUGAUUACAGAAGAUAAAGUUUUGAAAUUCAUUAUUAUUUUAUGUGCAGUUGUAUUAGAAAAUUUUCAAACAGUUGUCUACACCUUGAUCUUCAUUUAUAAAGAUUUUAGAAAAACCAUCUGAUAAUUUGAGUUUUCAUUUAAAUUCUUAGAGGAGUUCUUUUAAAAAGAAAAGAAAGCAUCUUUAUCUUACUGUAUUUAAUAAAUAUCCCCCUUUCUUUUGAUUAAACUUAAUUUAGAGUUUAUCUUCAAAGAUUAUUAGAGAAGAUGUCUACCUUAGAGUGAGAAAGUAAUAAAAUCCCCAGGGUAAGCAAUGUGACUCUUUUGGGCAGACAUCAGCCAGUUCAUGAAUUCUGAUAUUAAUACCAAAUACUUAAUAUAGCGCUUUAAAGUUUGAAAAAUGUUUUACAAAACUAUUUUUUUAUUUGAGCUUCAAAACAAUCCUUUCAGGUAGAUACUACAAGUAUUGUUAUCCCUACACAGAGGGUGAAACAAAGUUUGAGACAAGGGUGUUGAUUUGCCAAUGACCACAUAGGUGGUUGAGGUUGGCUUGGUACCUGGGUAUAGCCCAUUUCCAAGUCCAGCACAUAACCUACUGUGGGAAGCUUGUUCAUUGCAGUCAUUAGUGAAGAUUGAUGAAAAACACAUGCAGGAAAAAAGCAUGUCACAGAAAUCUAGGCAUUUAUAAAUAAGUGAUUUUUUUCAUAUUUUUGAUCUCUGUUUAAAGUUACAUUGUUAAUGAACAGAAAACUAGGUUAUAGCUUUUGGAAGUGUUUACAAAAUGCUUUUAUUCUAACAUUUCUUAUUUCAUUGACCCAAGAGGAAGUCAGAAAACACCAAAGAGUAAAAAGAGCAAAAUUAAAUAUUAUACUAAACAUCAUCCCUCUACAGAGCACACAAAUACAUAAGGAAAUCCCCAGAAAGGAGCUUUCUCUCUAAAUUAAAUAGGCAUUUUCUUUGCAACUUACAGCCUAACAAAAGUUGCCGCAGUCACUGAGAAGUUAAUGACUUAAUGAGAGAGUACCUAUGGGAUAGAGGCAAACUUGACUCCAAAUUUCUUGACUCCAAGCCCAGCUCCUUCCCCAUGAUGUCACACUGCCUCUCAAGAACACAGAGAUAAAUAGUCAUAUUUGUUGUUGUUUUCAAUUCUGGAGCCAAGUGGUUUCUGUUACUGCCAUUUCCCGUUUUUUUUUUUUUUUUUUUUUUUUUUUUUUGCUGAGGCAAUUGGGGUUAAGUGACUUGCCCAGAGUCACACAGCUGGGAAGUGUUAGGUGUCUGAGGCUAUAUUUGAAUUCAGGUCCUCCUGAUCUCAGAGUUGGUGCUCUAUCCACUAUACUAAUUAGCUGCCUCCAUUUCCCAUUUUUUAAUCUACCCCGAUCAUUUGUUUCACAGUUUGCUUGUGGCAAAUUGGAUUUAAUUUAGCAAACUUAUUUUUUUUUAAUUUCAGCAAUUUAUAAAUUUCUGCAAGAAAUUUUGUCUGUAAGGGAUACAAGAUAAUGCAGAAAAUUUACAGAAACAUGGAUGAAUGGUACAGAGGAAAAGUAGGAUUAUUUUUCUAAGAACGUUUUAAUUUUAGUAAGCAUUUGAUGUUUAGGCUUCUUUUUUUCCCUAUUGCUACUGCUAUCCCUACUGUCAAAUAUUUUUCAUGCUCAUUUGAAUCUCCACAAUACAGACAGGAAACAUAAGGAGAAUAAAAUGGAUGACAUUUUGGCUUUUUUUUUUAAUAGCCCAACUAAAUGACUAUUGAAGAAAAGGAAGAAGUUCUUGAGUAGCAUAAGGUUUGGGAGUGAUUAAUGCACCACAUGGGCUAUCCUGUGAUAAGGAAAAUUAUGAUAAGUAAGUGUAAUAAAAAUAUACAUGUUUUCACAUUGGGGUUUGUUUAUUAAUUCUUGGUCAAUUCAAUAAAAACCAGGUACUUUAAGAAUUUAAAAAAAAUUCAUUUCAUUGCAGUUGGAAAUUCAUGUGAAAUGAAUUUAUAUACUAUAUAAAUUAAUAUAUCAUAUCCUAUUACUGAAACUACAAACCUUCAACAGUGGUAUGCAUUAAAUUUGUUAGCAAACAUAGAAAAAUGGCUGUUUCUUCCAAGUUGGCACUAUCAGCAUUAAUUUAAAUCAAACCUCAGUUUUAAGUAGUGAUAAGAUAUAUUUUCACAGAACUAAGGUUGGGAUUAAAAACUUUCUAUAAUCAGCUCAAAUUCAUCCAUGCUGGUGAGAUCAUUUGGAGAAAUAACAUCCAUAGAUAAAUUUGAAACUUCAUUGGAUCUAGUAAUCUUAUAUAUAGAUACAUCUUUACAAACUUACCAGAAUUGGUUGUGGGGAGUGGAGGAAUAAAAAUCAAAAUUAUCUAAAUUUUCCCUCUUUCUUUUGUUUGAUUUUUCACCAUUGGCUGAAGUGGCAAAAGAAGGUAAAAUCUCAAAAGAAGAAUAAAAGGAGAAGGAAGAGGCUAGAAGCAGGAAAGAGGGGAAACCAAAGUACUAGAUAUACAACAAAUUUAAUCAAUGAGCUUAAUUAUUUUUAUUAACUAUUUGCUGUGUGCCAAGCAUUGUGCUAUUUGAUGGGGAUUUGAGAAUAGACAAGAAAAAGAACAGUCCUUAUUCUCAAAGAAUUUAAUAAUCAAUGCAUGAAUAAUUGAGAGUUAGCUAUAUCAAUCAGUUCAGUGCUGUACAUCCAUUAACUUAUACUCUCAAAAUAAGAGAUUAGAGGGAUGUGUGUUUAAAAAUUCAUUAUGUUAUUUUUUAAAACCUUUAAUUACUCCUUGCUGAAAUAAAUGACUCAUUUCUCCCUGUCCCCAAAUCUAAAAAUUCUGGCACUUUAUUUUAGAGGAAAAUGUCCAUAUAUCUUUUACAUAAAUAUGUUUAUGUAUAUAUUUACAUGUAUGUGUCUAUACAUAAACACAUAUAUAAAUGCAUAGAUACAUGUAUAAACCAUUUGUAAGGUCGAAGCUUUGAUUCACCAAUGCAUUUUGAAGAUUUGGUGUAAUUAACUUAUUUUAUUUGAAAUAUUGAAAUUAUAAUAAAAAUAUCAUUUUCACACAUA